ACAAGGAUAAAUCUGUCAUUGAGCUGAUAAUAAAAGUAUGAAACGAAACGGUCAGAGAGAGAAGUGAUUUCAUUAGAAGCGCUUUGUUUGCGAGCUAGCCGACGCACCGUCCCUUCCUCCUCCGCAGUUUGCUUCUAAAGUUCAUCAAUUCCAAUCUGGACUUUUAGGUAAAAAUCUUGUGGCUGACGUGGAUAAAGGGAAGUUGCUGCCAUGGGUGUUCAAGAUUAUGCAGAGUCAAAGUUGAAGCCAUCUGUUGAUUUAACUGGAUCUGCAAAAGAAUGUAGUAACGGGCCAUCCAUUGGUGUUAUAGACAUCGGUGUCAGUCAAAGUGCCUUCCUUUUCCGAGUUGCAUUGCCGGGCAUCAGGAGCGAUCAAAGUAAGUUAAAAUGUGAGAUCCAACGUGAUGGAAAGGUUCUGAUACAGGGUAUAGUAACACAAGGCAGUGAAGUGCUGCAGGGAUUAUCGAGUGUGUGCCAGAUGACAGUUGAGAAGUUAUGCUCUCCUGGGCCAUUCACCAUUUCAUUUAAUCUGCCUGGACCAGUUGAUCCGCGAUUGUUUUCUCCCAAGUUCCGUCCUGAUGGCAUUCUGGAAGUGGUGGUCAUGAGAUACAGGAGGCCAAGUGAUCCAGUGGAUGCCUGGGCUCCACCUUCUUGAGAUCCUUGCAUCAAAUUAUCAAGUUCAGGAAAAGGCAUCAUGUUUAAAGUUGGGUUUGAAGUUUGUUUUGAGUCAUAGAAUCAAGUGGUUGAAUGGUAUGGACAUUACUCUCUCCCAACUUGUUUUUAUCUUUUAAUAACCAGACAUUGAUAGGAGAAAUGAGAUUAAGGAUUAGUCAAGAAACAAACCUUAUAGAGAAGUAGAUGACAGUACAAGUGAAUUAACAUUCCAGAUUCUCCAGUGAAGCGACUACUACUCCCUGAAAAUUAUAUUAAAAGACCAACUUGACUUUAUUAUUAACAAGACAACUUUCAUCUUG